AUGGAAUGGGUUCAGCAACAAUUGGCUAAGGAUUCUUCCGGACACGAUUAUUAUCACAUUUUACGGGUGGUGAAUACGGCUCAAUGCAUUCAUCGUCUCGAAGGCGGUGAUGAAUUUUUAAUUCUUAUGGCGGCUUGGCUGCACGAUAUAGGAGAUUAUAAGAUGCACAAUGGCCAAGACCGUACCCAAGAACUGGUGGGCGAAUUUUUGGAUUCGUUGUUGGUUCUGCCCGAAUCUAAAAUGGCCAUAUUAAAUAUAAUAACCCAAGUAUCUUUUAAAGGGGGACACAAUGAACCGCCCACCACCAUAGAGGCCCAAAUUGUUCAGGAUGCCGAUCGCUUAGACGCCAUGGGGGCCAUUGGCAUUGCCCGUUGUUUUGCUUAUGGUGGUUCCAAAGGA